AUGGCGAACCUAAUGCUGUUACGCUGUUUGUAAGUUCAAUCUAAAUGGUAUCAAUUCAAUUAAUCCAUCAGUUCAUUUGUCUACUUUAUUUACCAGUGCGUGUUUCAAUCCGUGUUUCAUGUAGCGUAUGCUUUGGAGUCUUCAUCGGUUCGACGGUAUUUCCCUCUACGGCAACUUCUUUCCCGUGGUUACGGCGACAUCUACAACGGCGAUCAAAUAGUGGUAAGCCGCGUUUUUACUGUAGUUUCACCAUGACCAAACGAGUAAAUCAUUUCUUCAAGAACUUUACACGCAUCAAUGGAGAUCUUUUAAAAAAUAGGGAAUCGAUACAAGCUAAUAAUACUUGGAACUGAAUUAGUUGUCGCAGUCUAUGAAAUAGACUUAUAAAGGAUUCUCUAGCUUCUAAAGCGGCUGGAAUUGGAAGUCGAAAUAGAGAGCUGGUGAUUUGUUUCAAUAAUAAACGGAAGCGAACAGUUCGCCAAGAGAAAAAUGCUACAACAAGAACAUUCUAGUGCCACCGUGCAAGUUGAAAGGAAGUUGUUAGUGGGGGUGGGGGAAUAUGCACCAUUGACGCAUAUUAGUGAAACACUUGUAUUUAACCACUCAAAGGAAAACCUCUUUUAACCUUAAACAUUGUAUUUGAUAAUGCUUGUUUCUGGGUCUUAAAAUGUAAACUACAGCUGCAGUAUUUUCCCCAGGGAGCUUUUGUCAAGCACAAUGUGCUAUUUACCUAACAGACUGAAAUAUUACAGGAUAAUCUGGGCAGGCUCCCAUUUUUCUUUCAGUGGAUAACCUGGGAAAGCUUUCAUUUGUUUUAGAGAUGAAAGAAAUGAAGUACAUUGUAUUUCAGGGUACUUCUAAAGAGAAACGUGAACAAGGACUGCCCCCCAGGGAUUGCUUUCUUCUUCCGUUAUCUUUGAAGGUCUCGAUAUAUCAACUGGACAUUCAGCAGUGUGAAAUCAGUUGUGAAGCGGAAGUGAUGCUGAAAUAUAGAGCACGUCCAUUCGCGCUGUGAUUAUUUUAUAAACUAAGAGAAAUUAUUUUGUCCAAACUGUCAAAAUAGCCUUAUCCACUCAGCGGGUUGUUGACAUUGAAAUACCGUAUUUAUCUCGCCAACUUUAGAAAGGAAGUAACAUCAUGUGUUAUUUUUGUCUCUUCUUUACCUGAUAAGCGAUAUCUGUAUGACCUUCUGGUCCACUAGACUGUUGAGGUUCAUCGACCAAGAAAACGAGAACAUACCGAAUCGUGAUUUCGUUCAGGACAUUAAAUUUCUACUUUAUUUCGAAAAACUCAAACCUUGUAUUGGUUUUUUCAAUUCAGAUUAGACCCGUUAACCUAUCAUUAACGCCAAUAUGCUGGAGAAAAUAAAAGUGAAAUCAACAAAAAAAAAUCACUGGAGAAUGAAACGCGUUACUCGUGAACAAAGUCAAACUGGAAACGUGUGCCCAUUCAAAAAGCAAGAACCAUACUUGUCUUUGCACGUCACAAAUUUUUACAGCACCUUGCUAGUUCAAAAUCAAGAGAUAAAUCAUCGUCUUUUCUAUCGUUAAGCCAUACGGGUGGACUACGUUCACCCAGAUCAAUCUACUUAUGAAAUGACUCCUGGGUUCAAACCUUUCACAGUGUUAAAAAAUCUGCCGCCACCUAAAACAAAGUCUUUCUAUUAGGAGUAAAACACACGCAUGUUCAGCUGAAUCUAUGAUCUGACGAAGUCAAUGAACCAGAAGUCCUUAGAGGUAAAUGAGUAAGACAUAAACCAAGACUCUCUUAGCCUGCGAAUACAUGCCUGUCAUUUCUCAUUCAUUUCUCAUGUCUUGCUAGUUUUGCCAGCUGUUUCAGCUUUCUGAAUUUUUUUACCUUUUACCUUACUCAACAAAUCCACUCUUACAGCACUCGCUCCUCCUCUUCUGGAAAUUAUUACAUUAGCCACUCUAGACUAAAUCAGAAAAAUGAUUCGUUUUCUAUUAUGGGAGCCAAAAUUUGGAAUAGUAUACCUGCAAAAUUUACGAAAUUCUUCAAAAUCUCUCUUUAAGGAAAAAGUUCAUACAAUUCUAUUGAAAAUAUUUGAAGUUCAGGAUAGAUAUGCUGACCUAAACACGAUAAUCUCCGAUUUUAAAAAAUAUUAGCCCCCGCUUAUCUAAAUAGCUGCCUCGAUUUUCUUAUCUCAAUUUCUCUCGUGACUGACCUUUUUUAUUAUAAAUAUGGUACUUUUUCACUUCAACUAUUCGUAAUAAAUCUUAAGCCGUCUACACACCACCUGCCUCGAUUAGCCUUGCUAUUUGCAGGUGGUGUGAUAUUUGUAUAUGUAAUGUAAGAAAUAAAGAUGUUGUUGUUGUUGUUGUUACCUUUCAGUUCAGUGUGGAGGAGACCUAACCACCAACAGCACUGGUGAAAUUACAAGUCCCCGUUUCCCUUUAAAAUAUCCUGAUGAGACGAAUUGUGAGUGGAAAAUCUGCGUCAGUCAAGGCUCGCGAAUAAAAUUGACAUUUAGCGACUUUGAAGUAAGUGAUAGUGUGCAUUUUGAGUAGAUUAGUGUACAAACCACACGAUAUAGAAGAAAGUUGACCUGUUUCAAUAAUUGCAUGUCAUCAUUGUCGAAAGGGAAGAAAUUAGCAUCGUUUGUUAUUCAGUGUAACCCUGUUAAUACUACCUUCGGUUGGUCAUGUUAAAUUUUGCUUUAUUUGACUUGGUAAAAUGAUGCUUAAACCUUUUAAAACUAUACACCAUUUUAAGGUUAUGCUUGAGACCAGAGUGGUGGGUCUAAUUGCACACUUGGAUUAUUGUACACUUGCACACUUGGAUCACAUCUCUUAAUGGAUGGUAUUACGCGUUUUUUGCGGGAAACUGGGUCAGAAUUCUUCCCGCAAAUUCAAAACAGACCCAUAAUUCAAAUCAACGCAACUCCGAACCAGUCUCACCCGGCCAAUUCACUAUUUUCAGAUGGAUCAAAACGAAACUUGUCUACACACCAAAAUUUUGCAUAACCAUUUUUUCCAAUUUCUCCCGCACCAGGUAUUACAGUAAUCUCAAGAGAAAUACAAGACAAAAUAUAUGCAAAAUUUUAGGGGAUAAACAAGGUGCAUUGUGGUCUAUGUGAAAGUUAUGAAUGCUGCAAUGAAUCUGUGUAUUACGAAAGCCGAGGAGGGUCUUCCGACUUCUGACUUCCGACUUCCGACUUAAGACUUCAUACUUCAAACUUCAGGCUUCAGACUUGACAAAGUUCGAACUCCGGAUUUCUGAUUUCUGACCGUUGAGACUAAAUGCUGCAUGGUUAGACUUCUGACCUCCUACUUCCCACUUCUUACUUCCCACUUCCCACUAACCACUUCUGACUUCCGACUUCCGAUUUCCGACUUCUGAUUUCCAACUUCCGACUUCCCACUUCCGACUUCCGACUUGACUCCUCUGUCAGGUUCGAUUGCCCCCUCGAUCCGCCACGCGGGUAUUAAGGCGGAUACACAAGAGGGAUUUUGCUCCUGGAGCAUGCUCCAGGGGUACGCUCUGAGAGCAAAGCUCCUCCGUGUGUACCAACGAUUUCAUGGGUAUACUUCAUCCUCGGGAGCAGAAUUUCCACCCCGCAAAAUGCUCCACGAUCUUUAACCGGUUAAAUAUUUGGGAGCGAACUCCCGGGGCAAAUUGAGCGAACUUGAAAACGCUGCCUCGUGUGUACUGACACGUUCAAAAUGAGCCUGGAGCAAAACCCCUCGUGUGUAUUGGCCUUCAGUGGUCAAGGUCAAGGCUCAGUAGCCACAAAAGAGAACAACUAAAGUUGCUCUUGUAAAAGCAACUAAGCACAAAGCCAAUCAGGUAACUGAUGAGGUUCGUUUGGGGAACCGAAACCAUGGUCUUGCCUGAUCACAAAGUGGCAACAGUGAUAACAAACUGAACAGUCCAAACACUGUUAAGCUUAUUAAAAACCUAUGAUCAAGGAAGGAAAUACGCGCUCCAGUCAAAAGACUCACAUUUUCUUUAGAAAAACACUAAGCUGGAAUCUACAGAGUCACAAUGCAUUCUCCAUAGUUGAUGCAGCUUCAUUUUAAGCUGCACUUCAUUCUUAUUACUUUGGAUCUGUAAAUCACUAUCCGUGAUAAUUUGACAUCCUGCAAAGAAAACUAACGAGCUGGGCCCAGCGUGAUACAGCAUUGCAUAUUCACGGACUAAACUGACAGUCACAUAGUUAUUCAGGUGCAGAAGGCACUUUAGAGAAAAUUAGAGCCCUUACUUGGCCGUAAUAAAAAGCUUUAAAGAAUAUGUUCUUGAAUCAGAGGGCAAUCCUGCCGACCAGAAACAAAAACCACAGUAAAUCGAUAUGUGUGCCAUGACCUCUCAAUGUGAAGUUGGAAGUUGGAAGUUGGAAGUAGGAAGUUAGAAGUCGGAAGUCGGAAGACCCUCCUCGGCUUUCGUAGUGUAUUGCUGGUUUUCAGUGUCGCGCCAUUCAAAAUAGAUCAAAAUAAAAAUCAAAACCAUUCAACAGAUAAAGUCCAGAAUCUGGGAAAUGAAAGGAGGUAAAUAUACAAAGACCCUCGCCAAGGUUUGGGUCGAACGAAUAAUUUGUAUACGAGAUAUCCGAGGAAAUGUUUUACCCAAAUUUAUAGAGCUUUAUAUGGAAACCCCAGGCUGGAGCUCAUCCGGAUGAGCUCCAACAUGGCGGACGGAAACCAACAGAAACAUCUGUUACCGAGGUUUUCUACAAAAGCUUGAAUUUACUCCUAGAGGAACUCAUAAACAUUAGAGUAAUACUUUUUCUAACACUUGAACUGUUUAGAUGGCAAAAUUCCUCGAAAAAAGUCACUUUUUUAACCUAAAUGACAGCUCUUUCGGCCGUCAUGUAAAUUCUGCGUCACGCAAAAGCUUAGAAAUUCAAGCUUACUCUAUUACAAAACCAAGAACCCCUUUGAAGCGAAAAUUUGUUUGAAAAUUAGUUUUCAGCUGCUCUAAUACACCAUGAAAGUAAAAUCUCAGUAGGAUCGAUAGUUUUGUAGUUUGAAUUUUAGUGACGUCAUGUGAAAACCAACAAUAUGUGUUCCUUCAACGUAAGCCGCUCACUUAAAACCCAUUUUAACUAGCUACUUACAGUAUAAACGUCAUUUAGUUUCGAAUAGUACUAUUAACUAGAGAGAUAAAACUGUAGAUUAUAACGAACUAUAAAUGGUAGUCGUUGAUCGUAACGGGGUGGUCCUAAAUAAAGAGAACUUUUAUUCGGGCCAAAGUGACCGUAAUAAUGAGUUGAAGGUUUAGCGGGGUUCCAGUUUAUGUUUGCUAUCAAGAGAUUGGUUUUCGUCUCCAUUAGAUGAUAGUAUAAAUUCACGUGAGUCUGUUCUUGUCGAUUGACCUCACUUCAGCUAGGUUCCAUAGGCUCCUAUUUCGGAAGAUUAUGGAAGGGGGGAAGAAUAUCACGAAACAUGCGUUAAACAUUGAGUGUCCGACCUCUUCCUUCCUAGGUGGAAACAAGCCACAACUGUGAGUACGAUUCUCUUGAAGUCUAUAAUGGCGCCACUAAAGAACCGAGAAACAGAGUAGCUAAGUUAUGUGGAAGUCAAUUACCUGAUCCUAUAACGUCCACUGGUAAUGAAAUGAUCUUGAGGUUCCACUCGGAUUUCUCUGUUGCCUUCAAAGGCUUUAAGCUGCAAUUUGCAUCCACAGGUAUUAUGUUUUUUUUUUAUUAUUUUUUUUAAAUUAUCUUUUUAACGACAUAUGACCAGUUAAGGAAAAAUUGCAACAAGGCAUUUUAAGCAUGUGGGAUUUGAGCGAUAGCUUGAAACUAACCGAAACAUUGACCGUCAACUGAUACGGACGGCUGUGAGCUAAGAACUUCAGAAAUUAAAGAAUGCACAACGAACUGGCUGCGGUUUUAGCUAAAAGGAGAAACCUUUAAGGGGCUGCAGAAUUACCAUCCACAGUGGCAGUCUUCAUCCAACCUUUAAGGGAGGGACCACUAUUUUUUUGACGGGGGCGGGGGUGGGGUUGAAAAACUUUCACAUGCAAACAUUUUUUAUGUGCAGUUCCUGCUGCAAACAAUGUUUUGUGUGUGUCUUCCAACCCUCCCCUCCCCCCGUAAAAAAUUAUGGUCUGUCCCUAACCAACACCCACUGUGCCUGACUCGUCCCCAGUCUUCUCGGGCUUAAUAUUUGCAAGUGGUCACGGAACGGUCGCGGAAGGCUAUUAUAUGUAUGACAUUUGUGCGUAGAUGGACAAACGACUGGGGACGAAUUAGCCACUGUACUGAUAGCCUGAAUAGCAACAGGCGUUCAAAGCGAAAGAGAAAAAGUGCGUGGGUCCCUAUUUUGAUCAACCUUUACAAGCUCCUGCUUUUGCAGUAUAUUGUGCUUUUUGGAGUAGUAAAAAAAGUAGACAAUAAAAUUCGAAGGUUUAUUAAGGCUUUUGAAAGAAUCAAAAUGGCAAUUACGACAAAACGUUUAUUUAUAUAUUUAUUUCUAUCUUUUAAGGCUGUGGCCGUACAUUCACAGGAUCAAGUGGCGUGAUCACAUCACCAAACCACCCUGACAAUCACCCGGUGUCUCUGGAUUGUUUGUAUGUUAUCCGGGUACCCGAGGGGAAAAUAGUCACCCUUAGUUUUUCACACUUUGAUCUGGAGGGCGCUGAAGGUAGGUUACUCACCAAAAACGCUCACCAUGAUGAUAAUUUCGAUUGAGGGGUCGUACAGCCGUCGUAAAUAUUUUACAAAAAGUGUGAGUGGCAAUCGUUUUUUUCUUUUCUUUCGUUCUUGCUGCCCUUCCUUUUUUCGUUCUUUCUAUUUUCGUACCACAGGAUGUUCUUACACAGUAUCGCGAGCAACAUGGCGGAAAGUGAGUUAAUGACCAUAAGAAUGCAGAUUUUCAAAAAAAAAAAAGAGAAAUUUCUUUGGCGAAAAUUGAAAAAAACUGUUGUCGGAAAGCUCGAACUUAAUCUUAAGUUCAUGUAGCCAAUCGAUGAAGCGAGGGAAACAAGGACGCGAAAAAGAGUAGAAUAGAAGUGUGAGAGGGGAGGGGAGGGGAGAAAUGAGGAAGUGUUUACUUCUCUUCCUCCGUCUUGCUCCUUUUAGCUUUCUUUUUCUCUUUCCCGAUCCCCAGUCUUCCUCGUACCCUGUAAUGAAAACAACCUCUACGUGACUAUACAUAGAAACCUAAAUAUUUACAAUGGUGACGAUUAUUGUGUUGCACAACAUAAUAUUUCUUCAUUGUUGAAUGAUAAAAUACGGCCGACGAUUUGGCCAAGGCAUUCUUGGAUUCCCUCCAACCUUUACAUGAUUCUUUUUUUUUCCAGAUCAGUACCUUUUACAAAGUUUGUUUGUUAAUCACAGAGGGACUUUUUCGUUGCAAAUGUUAAUUUAUUUUUCUCAGGUUCGGCAGGCUGUGUGUAUGACUAUGUGGAAAUAUUUGACGGCCAAGGGACAGACAACACAAGCCUGGGUAGAUUCUGUGGAAACACCAAACCCGCCCCUUUGCGUUCUUCAACUAACUUUCUGUUGAUGAGGUUCGUCUCAGAUCAGUCUAUAGCUCAAACUGGUUUUGUAUCUACUUACACGGCUGAACCCGCAGGUGGGUAAUUGUUCCAGAGAUUCCAGAGAGUAAAUGAAUGAUCUUAUCAUUGAAUGCAAAUUUUUCUUCCUUUUCAUUGGCUGAAAGCCUAACACGUGACCUGCAAAUAACUGCCUUCAAGUAAUUGUCUGCUCAUGCGCAAUGUCGUCCAAUUGUGUUUGGCUUGUGUUUGGGUGCAAAAAAUAUUCUGCUCUUGCCUAAAAGAAAUCACGCUUUUCUCCUUCCUGCGAUCGCUUUUGCGUGAGAAAAUGGCAGAUCGCUUCGCAAAUAAUUAAAAAACAAACUCGGUGAUCGAAUGAUAAAACAAUUAUUGAACUCGGUUAUCGCAUAAUAUCGUGAUUUGUCAGUAUCUCGAGGAUCAAUUAUUUGCCUCAGUCGUAAUUGAUCUGCUCGCCACCGACAAAUCACGAUAUUUUGCUCAAGCUCGUCCAACAGUCGCUGGUUAUUAGCCUUAGACGCCAUUUCAUAGCUUGCGAACUCAGGUCUACGUAUUUCCGGUCGUCGCUUCUUUUGGAAAGGAGCCACGUCCGGAAAUACGUCUCCGUUUGCAGGCUACCACCUGAUUAAGGUAGCUUGAUUGGUUAAGUACCUGUUUGUGGAGCGGUUUUCCCGGAUUCGAUUCACUGCGCAUGACCGACCAACACUCAGAAUCCUUAUGAAUCACUAGGUAAAACAAUGCCCUCUUUUAUCUGACACCUUUUUAAUAUAUACAGUACAUAUUUAUAUACAGUAAUAAUUCUUUAUAUGUUGUAAUAGUUUGCCCUUUCUCUGUAAAUUUUGUACUUAUUAAUUUUUAUUCUCAUUGUAACUUAGCAGCACAUUGUAACUCUCUGACCUACGCCAUAUAAGCCUCUGGCUUUGGCAUCUUAUUAUCGUUAACUUAUGCUUUGUGUACUUAUUUAUCAAUAAAAAAUAAAAAAAAAAUACAAAUAACAACAGUGAUUAGCCUUUCUAGACUUCUUAGAAAAGCACCAAAAACCGUAGGCUCCGCCUCACAAUGUUUCCAUCUCGGCUAAUCAAAUCCCUUUGACUCUGAAGAAGACUACGGCACAGGAUGUCGAGACGCUCCGUCACCGCCAGCAACAGUUCUAUUCAAGAGUACACCCACAUGGACGAUCCGCAUAUCCCACCUACACAAGGGGCGAAACAAAUCUCUAACAGUCUGUCUCACUGCACCGUCUCUUUAGGGGAAAUUCAUGACUCAUCAUUACUUUAUGCGCCUCGAACAACUCCCUGGUCUAUAAAGAUAUUAUUGUUCGUGUAUCAUGAAAAGUUCAUCACAUUUCUCGUGAAAGGUGAUCUAGAGACCCCCCCCUCCCCCUCCCCCUCUUCCCCACUCUCCGACCCUUUACCUCCCUCCUUAAAUAACUGACGAGAACCUUCUACCCUUGCGCUGACAUCUCCAAAUAUGAUUAGAGUUUCUACUCUUGUUGGAUUCGAAGUUAUGAAGUUUUCCUUGUUUAUACUUUGUGUCUUUAUCUACAGGAGUCGUUGAUCCAUGUCUUGUGAAUAACGGAGGAUGCAGUGAUUUUUGUACCAAGACAAACUUUGGAAGAAUUUGUUCAUGUAAUCCGGGGCACUCUUUGGAUACUGAUGGCGUGACUUGUAGAGGUACGACAAUUCGUGUCCUUCCUUUUCGCAAUCUUGCCGUCUAGGGUGUCCUUUCUAAAUGCAUUUAAAUGAAACCUUUUUUUUUGGAUUUAGAUAUUGAUGAAUGCUUGCUCAACAAUGGUGGCUGUUCAGAUACGUGUGUGAACACUGUUGGCGGAUUCGAGUGCACAUGUAGACCUGGCUACAUUGUAGACACAGAUAACAAAACCUGCAUUAGUAAGUCUCGCAUUAGUUUGGGGUGUUUCCCGGUGCUGAGUGACAACUUGACGGUAUUUAUAGCCAAAUUGUCCUUUAAAGCAAAAGAAGAACCUCACCUAUGGUAAGAAAGAGCAGUGCACCCUAACUAAGGUGACAUAACGGAAUAUCUUGCACACUUAAAAUAACUGAUAAAAUUAGCUCAAAAAUUUAUCAAAAGGCAGUUUUGUUAGCCGAACUCUAUAGUGCCACCUUCUGGAGCUAGAAUGCCAUUAAAAAUUCCAUUCAAGUUUUUUUUACGAAUAAAUACUAUGCAACUAACUUGCAUUUUGUUUUGUUGCCCUAGAAAUAUUUUCACUAGACGUUAAUUUUUAUCACGAAUCCUACAUGUAGUACUACAUCGUAAGAAAUGAGGUUAAUGAUAUUCGUUUUUUUUCUCCCUAGAUGAGAAUGAAUGCGCAACUGGGAACAAUAAAUGUGAGCAGAUGUGUCGUGAUACUGAUGGUAGCUAUUACUGUGAGUGCCACAAAGGCUACCGGAUUGGUGCGGACAGAAUCACGUGUGAUGGUAAGACACCAGAAAUAUGCUGAACAUGGCCGCACAACUCUUGCUGAGGCUAACAAUGUUCUAGUUGCGAUCAGUAGGGUUGACCAUCUCUGAGAGACGUCCGCCUUAUAAAUUGGAUUAUUAAUCAUGGUUUACCGUCCGAAAAAACAAGUAGUUAUAACAACGUUACGUUGCACAAUUUCUUCCCCUCAAUUCUCGAGGAAACUGCAAGAUAACUGGCCCGUUAUAGUUAUUGAAAAGAUAUAGCGUCCUCGUUUUAAUAAUUAACUCUUUUUUUCGCAUUACAUAACAGAAAAGAACAACCUGCACAUUCCUCUUAUACAUAAUCACAUUAUAGAUUGAAAUAAAAGACAAUCGACAGCUCAAUGGCCUAACGACCAACCGAAUAUGUCUCCUUCCAAACCUCCCAUCCCUGCCCCCCUCAUUCCCCCACCCCACCUCUUGCCCUAAAGCAGUUUCUCGUCAUUUUACGUCCUCAGGAUAUAUUUACCUGUAUCGCUCAUAUUUCAGAUGUAGACGAAUGUAAGCUUCCAAGGAGCUUUCACCAUUGUCAACAACAGUGUGUGAAUACACCAGGAAGCUUUUACUGUAAAUGUAGAGCGGGAUUCCAGCUGAGCGCUAAUGGCAAAACAUGCAGAGGUAUGACUGUCUUUACAUCCAGUAUUGGGUAUUAUGAUCGAUAUAUAAUUGUAUGAACCAGAUUUGCCAUUCCUCAAACUUCCUGUUUUCUCGUCAGUGAAACUGUUCAGUAACACAUCACGAAUCAACUUUCUGCAGAGUGAGCGCUAAGCAUUUUUUUGUGUAAUUUACCAAUUUUUUAGAUAUUUUUUUACACUUAAAUAACGAAUACAAGAAACUACAAAAUACCUUAAACCUCCACAGAGCUGCAAAACACAAAACAUCUAAACAAAUUUCAUCAUGCACUACUUAGUUUACAGCUAUUAAAAAUACACAUUAUCAUAGAAACCUCCACAAUGCCACCAAAAAAUAAAAGUAAAUAAGAAAAGAAAAAAAUAGAGAGAGAGAGAGACAGUGUUACAUGCAAAUGUUCUUAAAUUGUUUCAAACAUAAACGUAAAGUGAAGAAAGACGCAUGUGCGGGACACCCCCUGUUAGAGCUUACACAUAUCAAAGCUUUCCUCCAUUUCUUUAAAUGUGAAGUUAGUUUGUUCCGCCUCCUCGCUAUGGUUUUUUCUCUACUUGAUAAAGAACCUUUAAAAAAGAGACUUGAAUAGAGGGAUGUGAACUAUUCAAUUUACAGUUAUAGAUCAACAAUUUAGCUGCCAGAAUCAAAUUGAGAACGAAAAAAAUCAUCUCCAAUGUUCUGACUGUUGGGCACUCCAAACAAAAUAUAUCGGUUAUUUUAAAGAUUGAGUAAAGUAUUUCCCGUGUGUGAUGUCGCUAUCUUUAAUUAUGAAAGCUGAGAGAGUUUUGUGGUGUAUAUUUAGAUGAGGAUGAAAGAAUGACUCGAUUGAGUCAUCCACCCCAUAACCUCAGCGAAUUCCAGGCCAGUGUUCGCGCGCCCUAUUAGAACACAAUGUUGUUUUCCACCGAUGUACACUGUACUAGUGUUUGAACUAUUUUCCUUGUUCGUAUUCACCAUUCCAACUUAGACCGUAAUGCACUCUUUACCCCCGGUCCAGGAGAAAUUGGAAGCAAUAGUUAUCCAAAAUUGGGGGGGUUAGCGGGGUGCAUUUUGGUCUAUGUGAAGAUCGUGCAUUGGGAGGCAUGCGCUUUGUCCACACAACCUCGUCCCCUGGGGUUUUCCCGCCCUUCUACUUGUUGUCCACAUUGAAACGAAUGCGCAAAUAACCUGAGCUUUAACGCUUCUAACGAGGCCCACUUUCGUCGUCAACACUAAAACACCUGGGGAAGCGUUUUCAAAUUUAUCCACUCUGAGGAGCUUCCUCAAAAAUCAUUCGCGAAUUCCUUAUCGGUGAGGAAAGAAACGUUUUACAGUGGACUGAAUAAGGUGUGGACGGGGCACAUAGUUACCGAAGUCAACGAUUGGUUUUAUUCUCCAGACAUUGAUGAAUGCCUGAUGGGAGGCGUGAAAUGUGAGCAGCAAUGUGUCAACACACCAGGUGAUUUCUACUGUGACUGUUACCAAGGAUACCACAAAGACGACAAACUGCCACACAAAUGCGUGGACAUUGAUGAAUGUUUAGAGGGAAGACCUGACUGUCAUAAGUGUUUUAACCUCGAAGGAAGGUAGGACACGGACGAAACCCUUUACUGAUAGAUCAAUUAUUAUCCUCUAUCUUUAAGAUUCAAGCAAAAGCGUCUCCAGUUUGCUGGUCAUUGCUAUCGGGCAGAUAAAGAGAAAGAGAUAAUCUCAUCUCUCAUCCUCUGGCGCCCAGUGGGCCGAGUGCAUUCGCGUAACCUUACAUACCCCGAAGGGAUUGCUAGGGAUUUAGGACUUGAUACCAGGCACCUGAGUUCAGCGAUAGCGAAUCGUGGUGAUUGGGAAGAAAUCUCCAUGGAUGUCGCCGUCCACUCAGGCGGUAGAAGAAUGAUAAUGAUGAUGAUGAUGAUUCGGAAAGUUAAUUAUUGGCGUUAUUUGCUUGAUGCUCAUUGGUUCUUUAACGAUUGUAUUGCCACAUAGUGUCUUAGUGAGAGUAAACAGAACCUUUUUCAGCUCUUCUAAAAUCAUGUAUCCUUUUCCUUUACAAUAUUAGCUACCGCUGUGGGUGUAAUAAGGGUUUCGUGGCCGUGGACAACGAAACUCGCUGCUCAGACAUCGACGAAUGCGCCUUGCAUAACGCCAACUGUUCACAGGUCUGCAUCAAUUUGGAAGGAGGCUACAUGUGUGAGUGCAGUCCGGGAUAUCAAGCAACUGACUCUGAGUAAGAACUAGAAUUUUAAAAAUAAUAAAUAACAAAUAACAUCGAUAAAGUCCAUAUCUGAAGUUACAAAUUUUUUAUAAUAUAAAGGCAUUAAACCAAGCGAUUUGCGCCAAUAUAACAAUUAAGAACAUUAAAAACUAUUUUAUACUCCAAGCUUGUAUUAGAUACCAAUCUUUUGCUUCAGUUACAUAUUCCAAGGUGGGAAACUUUGGUUUGUCUUAACUCUGGGUGAAAGUUAAUCCCGUCCGAACACGGCCAGGAGUUGAUGGGCAAACUCAAAACCAUUUUAGUCUCGAAUCAAUCCUCUUUUCGGCAAUUUAAUAUUCCGUAAAACUCCUUCCGCAUGGCCCGGUUCAUAACACCAUAAAUUAUAGGAUUAAUCCAAGAAGAAAAAGAUGUGAAUAACAUAAAAAUGCACUGUAUGGUGGAUGAGAUGUAAAUAUCACAGCCAAAGACUAAAAAGAGUUCAGCAAUUAAUGGAAUCCAACAGAUGCAAAAUCCAAGGACAGCAGCAAAUAGUAUUCGAGACGUCUUUAUCUCCUGAGCAGUUAUCAUUCUCUGGCCCGUCCACGAUUGAUGAAGAGAUGGAAUAAUUGCAGCGUUGUGCCUUCUUACAACGCGAUAAACACUCACAUAGCAGAAUAUUACCAACGACAUGAGAAGGAUAAAGAAGGAUCCAAAGAAAAUGUACGAGAUUUUCUCCAUUCGUUCAUCAUCAUUCGUUCCUCGGCAAUACAGACUUUCAAAGGACCAACGGUAUAUGACUGGCAGCGAGAAAACGAAAAUCAAGGUUUCGAUAAACGAGACAAUCCAUACUAUAAGAAUGGACAGAAUGGUGUUCUUUUUGGAGAAAUAAACUGGGUAUUUUUGUGGCUUAGUUACGCAGUAAUAUCGAUUAAUUGAGGCAAGUGUUAAGAUGCAGAUUGACACCUGGGCCCAGCAGUGUAUAGUAAAACCUAUAUAUUGACACAGGUUAAAACCGAAUGGCCAUCUGCGCAAAGCAGAUGCAACUAUAUGAAAAGGAAAGCAUAAAAAUGCUGCCAUCACAUCCGCUAUCGCCAAAGAUAGCACGUAGAAGUUAGUGACGGUGCGUAAUCUUCUGUUUCUGUACAAAGCGACGAAUAUGAGAGAGUUUCCUGCAAGCGAAACUAGUGUUGUCGUAAUGAUAUUCGCUGUGUGAAUGAUAACUUCAGUUAAGCUCCUUGUAUCUUCGAAUUCAUCGCUUUGUUCCAUUGCUGAUAACAGCGGAUUUCACACCUUAAAGUUAAUGCACACACUUGAUACUACUUGUACAUGUGUAGUGGGUCCUCAGCGAUUAACUGCGCAACUGUUCUCAUAAAAGGGAAACGGGAAAACCUGACUUGCUCUUUACUCAGAACAUUUGCAUAGUAAUAAUACUCGUUUAUUACAACUCACGUUAUUGAAAAAGGCUUCGUGUGUGUACUUUUCAAGGCCGUAUAAUUAAACAUUUCAAUGUAUUUUCUUGGUUUACAAAUAAGAGAAAGCAAUCCUGUCGAGGGAUAAUAAAAGGGGCAAAGUGUUCGGAAGUUGAAAAGAUGAAAGGUUUCACUUUGCUUCACCGUAUGUCCUCCAAAGCUAAUUGAUCCUGUCAGCCAAUUAAUAAAAAAGAAUUAGGGAAAAUUGAGGUAAUGAAAGUUUUUUUUUUUGGUUUUGUGAUUGUAAUAAAUCGUCUAUAGCUACUUGUACAUGUAUCGUUCAUACAAUCCUCAGAGGAUGUUUAGCCUCUAGAGGUCUAGAGGUCUGCUUUCAUCCUGUAAAAUACUGUCUUUUUCAGCAAAUAGGACCAGCGACAGCUGCAGCUAUAAUCGCAAUAACUGAUAAUUUUUCAACUUUCACGGUCUUCUGAGGCUGAUGAGAAAACCCUUUAAUCUUAGCUAACCAUAUUCUUCCUUAAAGUGGCAACAUCCGUGUACAAUGGUUUAAAACUUGAUCUUUGCCAAAUGGUGGUUGCCCAAAACGUGAAGGCAUAUGUCACUGAGAAAUGUCAAAAGAUAAAACGACAUCGCCGAAAAAUGAUUGAGAUAUACGAUGAGUUUAAUGUAUGGAUUAGUUGAAUUAAUGGAUAUAAUAAAACUGUGGUCUAAGCUGUGAAUAGGAAAAAAAAUGUCUCUAAUCACUAAUUAUUAGCUGUAUAAUAUUUUUGGUUGUUUUGGCACCAAAUUUCCAAAGAUUCGAUGUUUUCUAGAAUUUUUUUUCUUUUUUCUUGUUUUUUUUUUUUGUUUCCAAAUCUAUAGGACUUCCACUUGAAGGUUAUACCGAAAUUUACUUUUCCAAUCUCUCCUUUCUCUCUUUAAAUUCAGAAUAUGAUAUUCACAUGCAUAAAAACGAGUUAAAAUACCUGUAGCAUUUCUAACAAUCAUAAAUUGUAGAGCACCGUCUCAAAGUAAUCUGACCUAAUAAGACAAUUAUGGCAAUGUUUUGAUUCUUUUUUAGAUUUUAAAUUGAAGUAAAUUAAUAUAAUGCAUUUCAUUAGAAAUACGCUUUAGAUGAAAACCUACAGACACAGGGAAAAAAACAGUUAUCUUUACCGAACAAAUCAUUUUUGGCAACCAGUCGCCUCAGAUACCGCCAAAGCCCGAUCAAUGUAAGGACAUAUUAACCAUGUUAAUAAUUAAGGCACAAUUUAAAAUGCACUAAUUUCAAUAGUUACAUUUCACAAAUGGUUCAAAAUACAAUAGAAAAAUACAUGAAAAAAAGCAAGAGAAAAAGAAACAAAAUUGACCAAGAAAUCCUGAAAAAUGAAGAUUUAGAAUACCUUUUCCUUUAAGUUAGGCAGCUUUUAAAACAUGUUUGCACACACUUCUGAGUUUGAUGCAUUUUACAAAUAAUUUCAUUUAAAUUGUCCGUUUCUGGUUCGAUGAGGAGGUGUUCGUCAUCUGUAUUUUCCGCAUUGCAGGGCUCUCUUACGUCGAAAUUUUGGCACAUUCCUCCAACCUCCACAUGCACAAAAACGCACUUUUGUUGAAAAAAACCUCGGCGAGGGUUGAUGCAUGCAUGCACUGUAUAUUUCUUCUAAUAACCGUUAAUUAAAAGUUACUAGUUGAGCAAACCACUGUAUUAUUUAUUUCCAUGUUGCUUAUAUGAUAGCAAAGAAUUGAAUCAAAGUGCAAAUUAAAACAGCUGAUUAAAAGUAAAGGAUCGAAAUAACUGAUAGAACGAUAUCUUGAUUUGAUUUCUUACCAGAUCGCGGAACUGCGUAGACAUAAAUGAAUGUGCUAAGAACAACGGGAGGGGCGACUGUGAGUACUCCUGUGCAAACACAGAUGGAUCAUUCCACUGCUCAUGUCCUGCGGGAUUCUCCUUGAACGAUGAUGGCCUCACUUGUCAUGACAUUAAUGAAUGUCAAGUGAACAAUGGCGACUGCUCUCAGAAGUGUAUCAAUAAGCCUGGUAACCACUCCUGUGCUUGUUUUGAUGGAUAUGUCAACUCAGGGCCCAAUGGUACUGACGUCAUCUGUAUUGACAUUGGUGAGUUCUGGUAAUAGGUUAAGUUAUUGAUUAGAACAGUACAUUGGCGCCCUAGUAUGCCUGAGCUUAAACUUUUCUCAACGUCUAAGGAUUAUCAUGUAGUUUUCAGAGCAUUUCUCUACAUUGUUCGUCGCGUUAACCUGCCACUCCGCUAGUCAACAUUCUGCAUUUGUCAAUUGCUGCAUUGCAUUUUAUUAUUCUCAACCUUUUCAAAUAAAAGCCAUUAGACUGAUUAGCAAUUGGUUGGCGAGUGUGGAGCUACUGUCGAACCACCUAAGCUAAAUCUGCUAAACCUGCAGUUACGAGAAAUACCUACUGAAAAAUACCGCAAAAUGGAGCGACGUUCGCUCAGAUUGACGUUUAGCAAUAAAGUGACUAUUCAUUAGCCCCACCGAAUAGUUGAAACAGCCAUGUUUUUAAACUUCUGGGGGAGCGUGCUGCUAGCUUUCCCUGAACUGUCGUUCUUUCGAACACUUAGACCCGCCACAGACUAUUUUCUUGAGUCAUGGAAUAAACUAUGAGGAGUAGAUGACUUGAAUGACUCAAGGGACAAAUGAAUUUUAGCUCUUUAGUUGUAGAUACAGUUCAAUGUUGCUGCUAUUUCGAUGUUUUGCACAACAGAAUUCGAGAUGAUGUUUUUUUCUAUGAUUCAAUUAGUUAUUGCUCCAACAUUGUUCCAUUGCUUACUACAGAUGAAUGCUUUGACGAAAUUCACGAAUGUGACCAUCUUGCCAAAUGUAAAAACACCCCUGGAAAUUACACAUGCCAGUGUCCUGAUGGCUACCUGUCACAAUGGAAGGACUGCAUCGGUAAGGGACAGAGCGUAUACAGCUGUUUCAAGAAAGGUUGUCGAAAAAAGUGCACGCGACAACCCCGAAAGGUAUUUUGGGUGGUUUUGUCUGCCCUGUUCUUCAAAGAAAUUUGAAAGAAUGGCACAAGAGGCCACGGACAUAUGUUUGCAAGUGCUAGUGGAAAUCAGCAAAAGUAGGUUUGACAGCUACAGUCGUUAGGAACAGUGUAUUGAUCAUAUCCCAUAUUACCUUUCGGGGUUGUCGCGUGCACAUUUUUUCCGACAACCUUUCUCUAAGUAGCUGUAUGCGUUAAAACUCCAGCAAUAAUACCAAUAAUAGCAGUAAAAUCACCGCAGUUUCUAUUUGGGUGUAAAGUUAUACUUCAAAGGACCUUGAAAACUCUUUCAUAAGGGCAGUGUUAUCGUUUGAAUAGUCAUGUAGAACUAAGGACUGCGGAAUUUACCGAACUGAUAAGUUUGUGCCACUAAAAUAUGAUUGCAGACAUUGAUGAAUGUGCGAAGCCCGAAGUGCAUCAAUGCGGUCAGAUUUGCAACAACACUCCUGGAGGGUUAGUAAACAAAACAGUUCAUGUACUUCAGUUAACUUGUACCUUAAAGCUUUUGAGCUGUAUAAGAGGCCUUACUAGAAUCAACAUUGCACAGUUUGACUUUGAUGAUCACAUCAUCAGCUCAACUCCAAUCUUUCAAGACCCAGCUCAGCAAAGUGCCCUGCCCUGUGACGGUAUCAGCGAUGGACUAGUUCUUUAUCUAGCAUGAGUCUGGGAAAUAGGGAACUCUAACCGUGUAGAAUCAUAUUCUUUCUUUGCGUAAUAAGAAUUCUUUGUUUUUUUUCUCAUUUAGCUUUCGUUGUGAAUGUAGAAAAGGCUUUGCUCUUCAAGCGGACAACAAGACAUGCUCUGGUAUGUGGAGGAACUUUAUUUUUUUUCCUGCAUAGAGUCUUGUUUAAUCUUUAGUUUUUAACUGAGGGAUCGAUGCGACCUGCUAAAGAAAUCAAACAAUCAAAAUCUUAAUUUAAACACGAUGAGGAGUGAAGCUAGAGUACUAAGUAGGUAAUAUCAGAGGAUAUAUAGUUACACAAAUGUUUCGGCUAAAAUAAGUUAAGCCCUUCGUGGACACCCGUUUAAAAACUGCAAAUUCAGUUGCCUCUCACUGCUCCUGGCCGCCGCCUAAGGACGUUUUUCCCUCGCAAAACGAUCUCAGCGACGAGACGCGAUGAGCGAGAGGCAGUGGAUCCGAGGCAGUUGUUCUACGUUUCCAUUUAUCUUCUUAUUAAUAUUAGAUAGGAUAGCACUAACGUUGCUACCUACCAUUAUCUAACAAACAUUUAUUACCAUUGCAAAAUAAUCUUAAUUUUAUUGGUUUCUGUUUCUCUAGAUAUCGAUGAAUGUAAACUAAACAUUUGCGAAAGAGGCUGCGUUAAUUCCAUCGGAAGUUAUCAGUGUUCGUGUCCUGCUGGUUAUCAACUGGCUUUGGAUGGCCAUCAUUGUGAAGGUAGAGUAUUUGAAUUUAUCAACCAGCCGAUAGGAGUUUAACUUGCAAAUAACUUAAAGUGACGAAAGUUGCGUUUUGUUACCCUUCGAUCAUGCUUAAUAAGUCAGAAAGACUUGUUCAACCACAUAUCAGGCUCGCUUUUAACGAAUUUACCUUAACCCAUGUUGUAUGGAACACCUGUAACCGUCCAUUUGGAACGCGAUUGUCAAUGCGUCAGAUACAGGAACUAGGCCACUUGAUUUAGGGCACUCUAUCAUGAUCCUUGCAAAUAACUCUCAUCAUUUGUCUUAAAAUCUCUUUUCUCUUCCGUGUGGCGGACGUUAAGACAUGUUGUCUGCAUGCAUCACUUUACUGAGUACAAAGCUGGGCGAGACUUAACUAAAAUAGACGUUUUUUAACUUUCCAUUAGACGUCAACGAGUGUUUGGACAACAACGGAGGCUGCGAUCACAGAUGCGUUAACGAAAAUGGAAGGUAAUCGAGUGCGUUUGUGUCAACUUUCGAUGUAUUUUCGUUGCAUGUCAUUUUAAAGUGCUAAAAGGAGAGAGGUUUUUUAAAAAGUUUAGAUGAAAAAAAACCUCUCUUUAUUUGAGUGCCGAUGUAUUUGACACGAACGUAAGAACUGAGGACGCUAUUCUCUACGUCUCCUUGUGGAAAGCGGAAAGCCAUUUCUGAUUGGUGAUCCGAGUCGGACGAAGGUCUUGCCGUCUGCUGGCAAGAGCAGUCGGAGACCCUGAGUGUUGGUCCGAACCUGAGACCUCUCGCGGGUUCGAAACAAAACGUAUUGUAGAGGUGGGUAGAACGCCUGUUCAACAAGCGUUCUACCCACCUAAAUAAUACGGACACCUAAGAGACAGGACUAGGUGUCUGCAUAACAGAGGUGUUUGCAUUAUAGAAGUAGGAAAUCUAUGAAUUUUGGUGUCUUUGGGACUAAGAGAACGGUCUGUAAAAGAGAGGUGUCCGUAAGCAUUUUAACUGAUGAAAAUGAGAAUCUCCGUGGUUGAUGAUAUGUUACGACUGUCACAUGCCUCAUUCUUACGUUCAAGGCAGUUAGUCAUAAACGUCUAUUAUAAGAGCUCAAAGUCAUGCAGUCUUGACUUAGCCUUCCAUUUUUGAGCUCGAACGUUUUGGCUGGUACCGACGUGCAUGCGCAACAGUUGCCCCAUCAGCUCAUUCCCUGGCCCUUUUUGACUAUCAUGCUUUUUUUUUUCUCUUCAGUUAUUCUUGUGCCUGCCGUCAUGGCUUCAAACUGUUAAGAGAUGGCUCGACUUGUAGAGGUAAAUAAUUUAAGAACUUACGUUGACUUGAGAGUCUGUUUUGCUGUGGCAAACGCUUGGGUGUCAAAACCUACUGACAGAUCUCCGAGUAUCCGCCACGUUUUUAAUUCUUACUACCAUUACCAUUACUAUUGUGUUCCCUUUUGAUCUCGUUGGCCGGUUUGCAUUUACGUGAGCUGUAAAUCCGCCUUUUUCAAUCGACAAAUGAAUAAUCGUCCUUUCAUAUAUCAGAUAUCGACGAAUGUCUGCUAGACACUGCAUGUUGUAACCAAGAUUGUGUAAACACAGAAGGGAGCUACAACUGUACCUGUUACCCAGGUUACACGGCCGUCAGCAACUGCACCUGUCAAGGUAUGUCUCAGCACACAAAAUACAGAUCCUGCACUUUCGAGUGAGGACAAAGGUCCUUAGAGCGAUUUUCGUAUGACCUUGAAAUGAAAACGCACGAACAAAACAGAAACAACAAACGAACGGAAAUAGAGCGAUUUGAUUGGUUUAUCGAACUGGUACAGACGCGAGAAAUCAGUCGAUACUUCGCUUUGACGUCAUACUGCAACACGAUUGGCCAAUCGAACAAUGCCUUCUUCACAUAAGGAUUUUCGUGGGCGGGAAAACGAAGUGUCCAUGUUUUGAUCUUUUCAUCCAUUAGCUGGCAAAACAAAUAACGAACACUUCCCGAAACCAUUUUUCAAGGUCAUACGAAAAUCGCUCUAUCUUAUGUCGAUACCUAGUUACAGUUAUCAUUUGACUGACAAACCUAAGGUCGAUUUUGCGUAAAUUUUACCUUUCCUCUUUCUAUCGGUGCAUUGUUUUACAAGUAUUUAAGGCUACUUUUACUACGCGGAAGGAAAAGAAGUAGAAACAAAGAUUUGAGGUCACACCCAAGAAUCGAACUCGGAACCUCCCGGAGAGAAGGCCACGCUCUUGCUAAUCUACCGUGCCAAUCUUUGCUGCUACUGUCGUUCGUUAGUGUUUAAUAACAUUUCUGGUGUUCAAUUACCGUAUUUAUUCGAAUAAGCGCCCAACCUCGAAUAAGCGCCCACUCGAAUAAGCGCCCAUACUAAAGGCAGAAAAAGUCAAUAGGCGCCCAGCCUCGAAUAAGAAAAUUUAAUGAGUACUAAUAAGAGACUUCCCCGAAGACGGAGUUUUCUUCAGAGUAUUUUACAGAAACCUUGCUUUGUUAAAUCUUCGCGUUUUGUUACUAUCAUUUAUUGUUUUGUUGCAAAAUAAACAUCAUGACUACACUAGCUGAAAUUGUGAAAAUCUAAUAAGCGCCCAGCCUCGAAUAAGCGCCCUCGAAUAAAUACGGUAUGUCCUAUCCCAAGGCACUUAGCUUUAUCUAUGUAUCAGUGAACGGUAACGAUUUUUAUUUUUUGGCAAUUCUCUUCGUUUAUGCCAGAUAUAAAUGAAUGUGAGACUGCGAAUGGAGGCUGCGAACAAGUCUGCAAAAACAACCCUGGAAGCUUUGCGUGAGUGAGAUUAUAUAAACAUUUAGUUUGUGUCGUUUUUUCUCUACAUCUCUUUUCUAUAAUUGCUCCUUUUUCUAUUGUGUAGGUAACUGAAAUUAUUUAUCGAAUGAUAUCGUUUUAAGUCCGGUGAUGCUUUCCUCAAAGUUCCCUCCGCUUUAGUUUACAUCUACUAAGGUCUUUUCGGACCAUUUCAUCUUAUUAUCUAUUGUGGAAGUCACUUUUACGGCAAACGGAAAACGUGAGAUUCAAUUUGACAAAUUCUCAAAUGAGGAAAUAAGGAGAUAAAAAUGUCCGAAAAUAAUUCCAUUGGAUGAAACAGGCAUGGAGACACUUAUUUUUGUAUAAAUAUAACAGUAAAUGACAACUAAAGAGAAAUCUUGGUCAUGUGGUGCAAAUUGCCUUUUGAGGCAAUUUUUGCAGCUUUUGUUAUUAGGAACCUUUAGAUUCUAAGACGAGGACGACUUCGAGUACGACAUUUCCUCAAUACUAAGUAGUGCACGCGCGUGAGUCAGCGUCAUUUUGGCGGGAAAACGUGGUAGCUGUCGUCAUUCUAUUACCAAUUUUUAGGCAGAGACUUCAUUCCAUAGCUCAAAAGGAGGUGGCGGGUGCCCAGCGGUUUUAGAGGAAACAAGGUUUGGGUGGGGGUGCUCAGUCUCGCGGGCUCACAAACCUCCUUUUGAGCAGUGGAAUCUAGCCAUUUCCGAAUUUUUGCGAGAAUGUCGUAGUGGCGGAAACAAGUUAUCAAAUGUUAGAAGGUUUAUCAAUUUGCGAUCGGGAGAGGGGUUAACCUCCUACUAUAAAGAUAACGGUGCCAACUUUUCUGUUUAAAAAAGCACAUUAAAGCUUUCCAGGGUGUCUAUUUUUGGACAAUACGAGAAAAAAACUUUAAAUCAUAAAUCAAAUCUCUUAGUCUUAGUCGUUCUCGUCCUCGAAUCUAAAUGUCUCUAAUGUUUUGAAUGCGAAGGUGCUUGUUUUUAGAUCUCAGAAAAUGAAAAAACAAAACAAGGCAAAGCGAAACAAAAAACAUUCUCUAGAAGGCAUUAAACAGACAGAAAACACUCUUGACUAGUGUUUACAUUGAAAAAUGUAUAACUGGUUUUCCAGCAUUGUUUGUCCGAUUCAUUUUCCCUCAGGUGCUCCUGUAACUCGGGAUUCGUCAUUCAUAGUACAGAUCCUACACGCUGUGUGGACAUCAACGAGUGUCUCACGGUAGGAACCAAACCACACCCCACUUUGUUUUUUAAACAUCUCUGUUUCAGAUAAAUAAUAAAUAUGGCAAAUUCCAGGCUCUGGCCACCAAAACUUGAGGAACACGCGUUUGAUAACAUUAUAUAAUAAUGCUUAAAAUAUUUUACAUGUGGCUAAAUGUAAUUUAGGCAAGGUUAAUCUCGAGCUAAUGCUGCCAGCAGUCUCGCCCAGUUUGCACACGAUCCGUGGGGCGCCCCUUUGGAGUUCGCAGGGGCUUACUUCGUACAGCCUUGCUUUCUAGCGAUCGUUGCGAUCAAUGAUUUUGUGAGCGAAUCUUUGCGGGUUCAUUAGCCCCACCCUCCCUUCCCAGAGGGCUACUUGAUUUCAGAGGUAAGUAUCGAGUUAGGUGAGUAUUUCCACUGGACUAGUUUCAGUGUGACGGUGCCUGUUAGCGGCUGCUACUGGGGUGGUUCCCGCUUGCCAGGUUGCCAUGGAGACCUCCCUGCGGUGCCUGAAUUACCUCGGGCCCUUCCCUUCCCCACUUUUAAGGCACCAGUUCCCAAGCUCAUCAAUUGGCGAAGAGAUUAAAUUUUAAUUUUCAUUAAAAUGUACAGUUUAGGCUACCACCAAUGGAAAUUUACACCUUCUUAAACUUAAUAGCACAGCACCCAUACCCCCACCACCAACAAUUGCAAAGGCCGCCUAUAUCAUCCUUCGUUUGACUUUACCCUCGGAAAGCAUUCUCUUCGGUACACGGAUCCUAAAGUACUGUAUAGAACAAUAUAAGGAGUUACUACUGUAGUACCAAAUGGGUUUUAGUUUGACCUUUUUAUUUCCUUUUAAUUGAAGGACAACGGAGGUUGCCAACAUAACUGCACCAACACGCCCGGGUCUUACCAAUGCACUUGCCAUCCAACUUUUAAAAUACAAUCUGACGGAAAGUCUUGCGGUCGUAAGUAGACAUCCUGUGUCUAUGGAGAGUUAUUAGGAAAAACUGGGAUAUUGGUGAAAAUAUGGGCAUACCUAUAACUGCACCAAUGGGCCUGGAUCUUACCAGUGCACCUGCCACCCAACAUACAAACUUAAAUCAGAUGGAAGUCUAGCGGUCGUGAGUAGUAAUUAUGCGACUAUAGAGGGCCUCUCAGAGGUCACUCGGUCAUAGGAUAUUAAGGUGAAGAACAUUAUAGGAAUACGGGAUAACUGCUCAAAUACGCCGGGGUCGUACCAGUGCACCUGCCAUCCAACAUACAAACUGCAAUCUGAUCGAAAGUCUUUCGGGGUCUAGUAGUUGUGAUGUGUCUAUAGAGAAGGUCUAUAAGGGAUUACUGGGAUACUUACGUGAAAAAUUAAAGGGAUACGGGAUAUUUGGGGGAAAUUUAUGUGGUAGGGGAUGUUUAGAUACUGGCAAGUAAGCAAUGAUGUAUCUAAACAGAAAGGGCUUAUCAGGGUGUACUUCGAUACGAGACUGAAGUGAAAAACAAUAGGGAUACGGGAUGUUUGGGGAAAAAAAUUGGAAAUGGGGUAACCUCGUUCCCAGGGUUCUCUUCUACCCGUCCUGUCUCUCGCUCCGUAGGGACGGGUAGCAGAGAACCCUGGGAACGAGGUUGGUAAUGGAGUUUGUAUUGAGACGCGAUUGUGGGAUAUCGAAUUAAUGUCAAAUAAACCUCUUCUGAUUGAACACGAGUUUCAGUGGUUGAUAAGAAGUAGGACAGAGCUAGAGAAAAAGACUCGCGAAUGAGAUUUUUUUUACUCUUUAUGCGUAAAAUAUUGACAAGAUUGAGCCACCUAGAUAGUCUCUUACAAGGAAACUGAAUGCUCCUGUUUCCCGAAAUUUAAAUGACGUUCUCGUGAGUCUCCGAAAGCAGAAAGCAUUGAAAUUAACGGGAUACCGGAUUUCAAAGUCUUAGUUGAAGGGAUGAGGGGUACGGGAUGUGAACAACCCCUCUUAAGGGGGCCUUUCGUUUUCAAUUUACUGUUCUAAGUUAUUUGGCAGUAUCGUGUUCAAAAACUAUGCUUUUCUUUGUGAGUGUCCCGAGUUCUCCCGGGCCUCUGUUUCAAAACGAGGGUAGGUGCUCAGCCUUUGAUAUGGAAAUCAUUUUUCAUUCUCAAGCCAAUAAAACUCAUUUUCACAAGAAAGUUUGUGUCCCUAGCCUCAUUUUGAAAGUGAGGGUUUUUGGAACUCGGAAUUGGCCUAUACGAAAUGAAAUUUAUUACCUUAUCUGUCGCAAAAACUGUUGAAAUGAUUGCAUUUCCCAGGUGAGAAAUUGUUUCACAUGUACAAAUGUCGGACAUGUUUUCAUUGUAAUUCUGUGUCUUUUCUUCCAGACUGUCCUACUUGUAGUGAGUUCGAGACAUUGUGGCAGACCGUUCAAGACCUAAAGGAACAGGUAGCUAAUAAUAAAAUGCAAUGUAUCAUUAUCUUUCGAAUUCUGGCAAAAUAUCGAAACCCAGCUGGUCUAUCAAGGAAAAAACGUUACCUAACAGUACCACCUUUCAGUAGAUUUGUGGACUAAAGGAAUCUCCUCAGUUUGUCGUAUGAAAUAUUUCGAGACAUUAAAAGGCCUUGAGUUCAAUAAAUGUAUACUAUUUUAGCUUGUUAGAACCUUUUAAGGUUUUUUAAAAAAGCUAUUCCUUCUGAAAGAAGGCGUUACUCCCAGCAAGAGAAGUUUAAUCGUAAAUCUUGGUGUUCCUCCGGUGUAUUUGUUAAUAACAGAAGACUUGGGAGAGACUCUAUUUACUGUCAACUAGCGGUGUAGCUUGGCGUUAUUUAACUUAAUCGGAGCAGGAAGUAUAGUCGGGCUCGUCUCCGUCUCCUGCUUCGCGCACUUGUAAGUAAUGACUGUUGUGGUAGCUGCCACAGGUAACCCAGGCUCUGUGAUAGUACCACAGUACGGUUCCACUAAAAUUACAGUGUUUGCAUGGGGUAAAAAUAUCAUCCUAAAAUUUCUAGGAAAUACUAAAUAAAGAUCAAUGAAACUUACUCUGCAGUUAAUUGUUGUUGUCCUUAUUGCUCCAACGAAGUUUCGUGAUAAUUUGCAGUAAUUUGUUUAAAUUCACUCUAUCUACAAUAAUAAUAUACAAGGUAGGAAACACGAGGUGCCAUUUUCGCCGACAUGCUCUCAUUCAACACAACUUUUUCCACGAAAUUCGAACUCCAACGGAAAAUAAACAUGCCAGGAUCGUAGAAAUAGGAUAGCAGCAGAUAUAGAAACCAAUGAAGCUUUCCCAGAUAGAGAAACGAAUCCCACAGACUUGGACAAACUCGAAGAAUAUAAUCCAAACACACCGAGAAUACGCUCGCCGAAGCAGCCGGGCCAGAUCAACGCGCGGCCAAGAAAAUGAAGCCUGGGCACUGUACAAAAAAAUUCCAUCCCGGGGGUCCUGGAGUGACCUUUCUAGGGACCGAUACAUCAUUUGCCCAAGGCCACCCUCCCCUGCUGGAAAAAUACUUGAUAGAAGGCAAUUGUUCUUCCUAGCCAAUCACUAUGGCCUGUUACAAAGAGAUUAUUUUCCUCUCGAACUAUAUUCAGCUCCUGGCGCUGGUCCUCAGAAAGUUUAUCAAACAUCAAUAGGGCAAGGUUAUAAGGGCAAAGGAAAGAACAACGAAGGAGGAUUAACAAAACUUACAAAACGAGCAAAAGAUAUAAGUGAAUUUUGGCUCUUACCGAGGCAUUUGUACAACAGGACCAAAUUCAAAGAGAGGUGUAUCUCGAUGAUUCACAUAUUUAACCGAUAGAGCGUUCGCUUGUAUUGACAAGAAGUCGGCGUGUUACUGCCGCAUUAAUCGCUAAAUAUGUUAAUCGCGCUAGUUCUUUGUUUACUAGUGCACGUGCCUUUCACAUUCGUCUCAGUUAUCGCAAUUCAUAUUCUGUCGCAAUUUUCUGUAUACUUUUUGACAUUAGUUUGUAACCUUCACCGUUUAUUUACGAUAGUUUCGCUCGAGAGUUCACAGCAACAGUAUCUCAGUCAUCAUCUACCUUUUGUUCAACCUUGUUUUUAGCCCGCCAAGUAAGCAUUUCGCGUUGUUUUUUCAUUAGUUUCAUUACUGUUAUUUGCAUUCCUUAGUAAAAGAAAUGGGACGCCUUGUAACUCCGCAGACUCUCCUGAUUAUAUUACUUUUUUUUUAGCCAUUUAAAUUCAGGCGCGUGUGCGGGGUUUGCUCUGGCAAAUGGUGAUUGGCUAAGAAGAACACUUGCCUUCUAUCAAGUAUUUUUCCAGCAGGGGAGGGUGGCCUUGGGCAAAUGAUGUAUCGGUCCCUAGAAAGGUCACUCCAGGACCCCCGGGAUGGAAUUUUUUUGUACAGUGCCCAGGCUUCAUUUUCUUGGCCGCGCGUUGAUCUGGCCCGGCUGCUUCGGCGAGCGUAUUCUCGGUGUGUUUGGAUUAUAUCCUUCGAGUUUGUCCAAGUCUGUGGGAUUCGUUUCUCUAUCUGGGAAAGCUUCAUUGGUUUCUAUAUCUGCUGCUAUCCUAUUUCUACGAUCCUGGCAUGUUUAUUUUCCGUUGGAGUUCGAAUUUCGUGGAAAAAGUUGUGUUGAAUGAGAGCAUGUCGGCGAAAAUGGCACCUCGUGUUUCCUACCUUGUAUAUUAUUAUUGUAGAUAGAAUGAAUUUGAACAAAUUACUGCAAAUUAUCACGAAACUUCGUUGGAGCAAUAAGGACAACAACAAUUAACUGCAGAGUAAGUUUCAUUGAUCUUUAUUUAGUAUUUCCUAGAAAUUUUAGGAUGAUAUUUUUACCCCAUACAAACACUGUAAUUUUACUGGAACCGUACUGUGGUACUAUCACAGAGCCUGGGUUACCUGUGGUAGCUGCGUGGCAGGCGAUUGAAGGGGAAGGAAAGUAGAAAUUAAUAAGCGAGCAAGUAAAGGGACCCCGCGUUGGCCUUCAAAUGCUUGCUACGCAGACUACGUAUUAUGGAAGGUGAUCGGGGUGUCGCAAUGUGACGUAUACAGCGAUGGUAUAUUAGUUGGCUCAAUGGUGUAUUGAUUUUAACGCGGGGUUGUAAUUAUUUGCAAGGUGGUGUAUUGAAUAGGUAUAAGUUUAUUGUUAUUUACUCAUUACUCACAAAAUUGCUUUUUUGUUUAGCUCGUCUCCGUUGAAGUUUGGAAGCAGAGUAUUAAUAGUCAAGGAUGUAUCUUUGACUCCAAAUUUAAACCAAAUGGAACCUCUUGGCGAAAAGAGCCGUGUGAAGUUUGCCACUGUCAGGUAAUUUUAAUUGAGUACGUAUUCUGUGUUUUCACUCACGUGGCCAGCAUCUAUGCAAAUUUAUUGGAAGAAAAGAAAGCUUUUACAUAAGAAAAGAGUUCAACUCCCACAGGACUGGUUUGGGACACAAACAUGGCCGCCGUUUCAUUGUUGUGGGACACAAAUAUGGCCGCCAUGACGUCAUGUGAAAACACACAAUAUUCGAGAAAACUUACGUUAUCAGUAAUUAUCGAUUAAGUUAUUAUUUUUCUUAUUCCGAGAACGUCAGCAAAACAGAGAAAAAAGUUAUUUGGAAAGAAAAGUUGCUUUAAAAGAUAUUGCAUUUUGAAGUUUGGUCAAUUUGAUCAAUAUCAGACGUUAACAUUUUUUUUUUCAGGGUAGCCAAACACGCUGUGAGCCAAUAAGAGGAUGCAUCAGUAAGAAAUUUUAUUACUAUUGAUAAAGACAGAACCUGAUUAAGGUUAUGACAGCCGUAAUUUCACCCUUCCGCGCCUACUCUCGCGCGACCACGAUAUUUUUCGUGUGGUGGCGGUGAUCCCUUCAUGUCAAAUUUAUUCCCAGGGCUUUUUCCGUCCCUACCAUAUUCCAAAGGAAAGGCCCUGGGAACAACGUUGUCUUAGGCUGCGGGGAUGUGUGUAGUUCCAAAUCCUUUGGAAGUGUCGGGGGAGGGGAGGGAGAAAUUUCCCGCGCAACCAAGAAAUGACUAUUAGAAGUAAAAGUGUCCCGAGAAACAGUUUCAUUGUGUUGAAAUUGACACAACACCUACCCAUUCUGUCACCCGCGACCUCCAAACAGCCCGCCAAAAAAAGGUUUGUGCCCUAACAAUAUUGCUUCUUCUGGUGACAAAUUCUUUGUGAGUUACACAGGAAAGCGCAUAAAAGUCUGCGUUCUGUUAUUUUGUUAGAUAAGGUGGCCUCCACCCCAACAACAAUCAGAGGAAAUGAACCACUUACAGAUGAGGAAGAUGAUGAUGAAGUUGACGCCACUGCAGCAAGUAAGAAACAUCAAGCAUUCGCUUUAGCCUGAGAAAACAGCCGACAUUCGUGACGCCACUACUGGGGUCCCUGCGAAAUGACGUCUGAGGAACGAGUGCAGAAAUUCAAUACUGAUGACGCGACACUACCCAAAUCUGGGAGGUGUGUCUGAUUGGCUAAAAAUUUGCCUUAACCAAUCAGAUGACGCGUCACUACCCAGAUAAGGGUAGUGGUUCUGAUUGGUUGAGGCAAUUUUUUAGCCAAUCAGACGCACCUCCCAGAUUUGGGUAGUGACGCGUCAUAAGUAUGGAAUUUCUGCGCUCUUUUCUCAGACGUCAUUUCGCAGGGGACCCAGUAGUGGCGUCGUGAAAUGUCGACUGUUUUCUCAGGCUACGCAGUCUUGGGGGUUAAUAGUUUCGUAACCUAUUGCGUCGUAAAUCGAAAUCCCCGAAAGUCUUACAGACAAAUAGUGAACACGCUGUUCUAAAGCAUUGCAAACGAGGUUAUGCUUAAGUGGUGACAGCUUUGAGUUUUGUCCAUCGUUGACUCUGUGUCAUAUGGAAAGGGUUAGUGGGGUGGGGUGGGGCUGAUGUUUGGUUUGUUCAUCCUUAUAUAAAUGAAAAUCUUCAGUAUUUUGGGUUUUCUUUCAAAGUGCCUCUGAAGUAAAUAAAAAAAAAGGUGAAAAAGGCCUUCUCUCUACUUUUAGGUUUCUUUUUAUUCAAAAGGAAUGAUGCUCGAAAUCCCUCUUUCUUUGUCAUUUUUUUUUUCUUUUUUGGUUUACUGAGUGUUUGUAAUUUUGUCAAUAAGUGUAUGAGGACAGGGGGCUUAAGCCCGGAAGGAAAGGGGCGGAAGGGGUAUCGGAGGAGGUAAAGAAAAGAGCGAGAUGUGGAAGUUCUGAAAGGGCAGGAAGAUGGAGAAAUAAGGGGAAAUUACCCAACAAUGCCUAAUAUCUCGCAAUUGAAAAGGGGUAUGGGAGGAAGCCAAGGAGAAAAGGGUUGGAGUUGGGAGGUUUGAAGAAAAGGGACGGAAGGGGUAUCGGAGGAGGUAAAGGAAAGAGCGGGAGGUGGGAGUUCUGAAAGGGCCGGAAGGGGAAGAAAUAGGGGGAAAUUACCCAACAAUGCUUAAUAUCUGGCAAAUAUCUCGUAAUUCCAGGUGGUGACAAUUCGCCAACCACGUCUACCACGGACAUAACCACUCCAGGAAGAAACGUCCUUACAAACAAACGCUUGCAGCCAGGAGGAUCCAAUUGA